UGGAGUUUGUCGGAAUGUGAGUUCAGAGGAGAAAGUUUUUGACAUGAGGAAUCCGCUCUCCAUGAAUCUGAGAGGAUGCUGCAGUCUGCAGAGUCUGCAGAGUGUGCAGCCCGUGUUUGCAACAGAUAACAGAUCCGGACAUCACGCGGAGAAAUGCAACAGCUUUACGCAAAGUAGGCAACAUCACCAACACCAACUAGUCCUCCUCUCUGAGAGAUCUGGUGUGCUGGUUUGGUCUCGGGAUACCUCCUGAUGCACACGCAGACGCUGCUAGUUGCUCCUCCUCGAUAGACUCUUCAAUUCAAGAAGUGUAAAGAGGCUUCAACCGGAAACCAAACUUUUUCUUCGAACUUUUCUGCUCUGAGGCAAAAGAGGAAAAGAGAGGAGCCAGCUGUAACACAAACAACACAGUUCCCUUUUCUGCAUUUAAGUCUGCUGUUGGAAAUGUUUCUGCUGCCAACCACCGGGGGAGAAGUGAAGGCUUUCUGGCGAGGAUAGUGAGGGCGACGUCGAGUGAUUUCAGGCUCUCACAUAACGGAUUCUGGUCCUUUAUCAUGGAAGAUGGUGUGAAAGAGGACCCAGCCCAGUAUCAAGAGACAAAGUUCCUGGGUAAGGCUGGCUGGGUGAAGAAGGCCCAGGGCAGACUGUUGGCCAGUUAUAAAGACCGCUUCAUCCAUGUGGAGAAGACAGAGAUUGUGGUUUAUGAAAAUGAGGACCUGCAGAACUGCUUAGAGAGGCUUGAUCUGGAGAACUACGAUAAAUGUCAUGAGUUGAAGAGUCCCUUCAAGAGGAAGCACAGACUGAUACUGAUUCGAUCACCCAAGUCUGCAAAUAAGCUCCAUGAUUUGAAGUUCCAAGCUCAGACUGCAGAGGAGAAGGAGGCUUGGAUUAAAGCGCUGGGUGAUGGCAUCAAUCGAGCAAAGAACAAAAUCUUUGACGAGGUGAAAAUUGAUCAGGGCUCAAAUUUAGAGCAUGUGACACGAUCAAGGCCUAAAGGAAACCGUAACCGAAGGCCACCAACCAGGAUACACAUGAAAGAGAUCGCUGACGUGUCUUCUGAUGGUAUCCUGCGUUUGGAUCUUGAUCUUGAAAAUGCCCUAAUGCCUAACGGGACUCACCAUGUCAGCGUUGAUGGAGCUGUAAAAUGGGCCAACGAAUCAUCAAGGCCCACAUCCGAUGUCAGUGAAGCUGCAGAGAAACAAUCAGAGCGAAGCACUGAUGAAGAGAUUAAGUCUGAGGAAGAGGCCACUCCUCAGAAAAAGAUCAUCAAACCUCCCAUGCCCCCGAUCAAAGAGGCUAAACCCAGCUCACCACCUGAGGAUGAACCAGGGAAGGAGGAUACCUCGGAGAAAAAGGUCCUGAAGCCGCCUAUGCCUCCCUCGAAAGAAGUCAAAACCAGUGUUUCACCAGAAGAAGAACCUACAGAGGAUCCAAAAGCUGAGAAGAUUCCUGAAAAGAGCCUAGACGCCAAGAAAAAGGCAGCUCCACCACCAACCCCUCCCAACAAACCCAGCUCCAACACCCCCACGAGCAACCUCACUGAGGCCUCCCAGCCCAGGCCAAACUCCGGACCUCCCACCCCUCCAGGCAAAGAGAAGAAACCCUCUCAUCCUGCUGGGGGGCCUGAACAAGAGGUUGAAGCCACAACAGAUGAGGAUAAGGAGGACGAGCACAGCAUGACAGAGACGACAGGAACAGCUGUGGAAACAGAUGAGGCACAGCAGUUGAUUUCUAAAGAGGAUGAUGGUCCUGAUGAUUCUGGUGCAGGACAGGUUUCUGAAGAAGAGUCAGGAGGCACAAACAAAGAAUCUGAUAAUGAGCCACAAGCACCUACAGAACCACCCAGAAAGAGCCCCACUCCUCCUCUUGUCCCCAAGAAAAAGCCUGAGAAACCUGCUCAGCCCAAAGCGGGACAACUUGAAGACAAACCAUCGAUAUCACAGCCUAAUGAUGAAGAGGACUCCACUGCAACAAUUUCAGACACCUCAGCCAGCUCUCUGCAAGCAGAAGAGGCCCUGACAAAGAGUGGAGUCCCUACAGUGGCCGUCUCUUUGAACGACCCAGUCACUGACAGCCUCAGCCUGAGUCCGCUGCUCUGCCACUUGCCUGGAGAGAAGAAAAAGAAAGCAGAGGAGAAGUCUGUGGACAGUGGUCAGCACUCAGAUGAUGACAGCGAAGGCUCUGGGAGUGAGGACACGCUGGCUGCUUCCACAGCUGCACUGAGAGGAAGCAACACCGGGCUGGAUGUGUUAGACGCCAGCGAGGGUGACGUAAAGAUCUCUGUUAACCUGAGGCAUCCACAGGUGGCAUCCAAGCCUCAAAUCGUGCCAAAGGCGUUUUCCUAUCGACACUCGCAGCCAACUCCUCCUCUCAAACCGUCAGUCAAGGCUCGGUCAGCUUCUAGCGGGGAUCUACUGUCUGACCCUUCAGUCUGCCCUCAGCAAGGGCAGCAAACCAGAGCUGAGGUUGGAAGUAACACCACCCCCAGUGAUCAUGUCAUGAAACUGGAGGCUGAAGUGGCUCUGGAGAUGAAAAAGACGAGGGAGCUCCUGAGCAGAGUGUCCAAGUCAGAGGGUGGAGGUGAGGGGGAGGCCAUGCCGGAGGAUCUGCUCACUAAGGCCAUGGACAAGUUGAAGAAAGCUGACCAUGUCCUCAGAGAGGUCAAAAAACUGGCACCUGCAAAGAAUUCAAGCCACAGAAAGAGCUGGUGAAAGUCACGCAUGGCAGAUUGAGCUAGAAAUGAUCAUUUGCUAAACCUGCAUCAACAAAGUCAGUGUCCAUAAAUAAUUUCAACAGCCUUGUCAGGAUCAGCACAGUUUGUUUGAGCAUUGACAUUUGAUUUAUAGUUUGGAGGCUUUUAUCUCCUUCUUCUUCCUUUCAAAGUCCGGAAAACACAGAAGGGAAGUGUAAUAGAGUGACUAAACUGGUAAAACUAGCUUGCUAUCUAGAGUGGACAUCUGAAGCUUCAAACACUGUUGGCGCUUCAGAAAACGUUCAAUCAUUUGGAUUGUUCUGAAAGUUUGGGAGCUUAACUCGACACAUUCCUUUGUGAAGAGAAGAGAGUUACUAAGAAAUAUGUCAAUUUGCUUAAAAAGACACCUUCAUCCCACUUGAUUAACAGUUAAUAAGUUCAUAACGUUUAAACUGCAUUUAACUGUCCCAUACUGCGGCUAUAAAAUGUCACAUUUGUCAGUCUUAAAGUUUUAAAACAUGAACCCACUGUAGCGUCAUGACAGUAUGAUCAAAAAGGUAAUGUAAGUUUUGUGUCUGCAAAAUAUUUAAUAUCAACAAGCCUUUUAUUAAUUAAAGCUUCAAACAUAUUGCUCAGUCACAUUUACAUUUUUAAUGCAGCAACUCUUCACAAUAGCUAGAUUUCAUAAUUACAUGCAGUAUUCCUCAACUUCUACUGCUCACAUAUGAGACUAAAUCUAUAGCAUUGCAAUGAUGUGGCAGUAUAUGAAGGGUUGCUGCAAGCUAUCAGAUGUCUCUGAACUGAUGUUAAUCUUUUCCACCACAAUCAAAAAGAAAGCAGCACUCCCAAAUAAGGCUUCAACUGCUUUAGUUUGUGUACUUACAAAAUACGUCAUGUAUUGUUUGACCGCUGUGUUACAGUUCACUCUGGAUGCUGUCAGACUAAAAGUCUAAUGCGAGCUGUGCUGUCCCUUUUAUUAGAUUUGGGGAAGUUUACACUCCAGCAGUAGAGACUUUUCUUGCAAUAUUAGAGUUAUUGAUGCUAUAUGAAUGGAGAGAGCAUUUUUGACAAUGUCUGUUUUUGAAUGGAGCUAAGUUUAGUUUGUACAGCUAACUGAUAGAGUUGUACUUUAGCAGAUGAAAUCAACGGUUGCCAGCCAGAGAUGACAUGAAUGGACAGGGUUUAUGGAGAGGUCAGUUGGUAAGAAUAACAGAAGUCUCUCAUUUUUUAUAGAAAUGCAGCAUAUGUAACAUUUUGCUAAAAAUUUACUGUGCAAUUAUUUAUUGUAUAACUUUCUCUAAAACAAAUUUAAAAGAAUAACUAUUUGAGGGCUAAUUUGAAAACUGAUGAUAUGACAAAACAAUGCUGUAAAUGAAUACAUGGAGAACAUACAAAAUUACUAAAAUGUUUUAAUACCAAAUUACACAACUCAUUUAGGAUUGGACUGUGGAUUUAAGAAGCUGUUUCUCUUUUCUCCAGUAACCGUGUUUUGCUGAGAGUUUAUAUGAGGGAUAUUUUUGUACAUACUUUAUUUGUUUACUACAGCAUGUGCUGUUAAUGUUGAGGGAGAUGUACCACCAUAGCUCAGGAGUUUUCAGUCUAAUCAUGUGAAUAAUAAUAAAAACAAAAAAUCUGUCCCUCCACAUAAAGGGUAGCAGUUUUGUAAUUAUGAUACAUACUUGAUACAGAUAUUUUAGGGCUGCAUGGAACGUUGAGCUCUCACUAACCUACUCACAAUCAUUGCUUAUCAGUGACGUUGCUUUCAAGGUGAAUCAUGAACUUUGAAGAAGUUCUCCUGUUUUUGCCUGUUUGCUUUGCUAAAAUCUGUCAUGGUAGUUUUUCAGACUGAUUCAAAUAUGACAUUUAGAGUAUGUAAGAAACUUUUUUAACAUAGAUAUAAUUUUGUACUUUCGAUCAAAUUUGCUACUGCCAAAAUAAACAAAGGGAAACUACCA